AUGGCCACUCGGCGUUUUCCGCCUGCCUUGUCUCUCCCGCGCCACUUUCUCUGCGGAAGCACUGCAUUUUCUUCCAUGCGCGACACGAAAGCGAUAGCACGUACUGCCAACAUUGCCCAGCACAUGUCUGCAGCGCCGAGCCGUGCGGCGUCGAGCGCAGCGACAAGUCCCGUUACCGCACACAUGGACGCAUCGGUCCAGUACCUGAGCGAGGGCAGCACCCGCGUGAUUCAACUGAAUCGUGAGCGCGCAAUCAAUGCGCUUAACCAGGAUAUGAUCAACCGCAUCCGCGCUUCGCUGGAGGAAAUCAAAAAGUCGCCCAACGCUGCGACGGUCUUGCUUCGUGGCGUGGGGCGCGGCCUCUGCGCAGGUGGCGAUAUUAUGGAUAUUGUCCUCAAUGCGGACAAGAAGAGCAAGGAAGAGCGCCAGGAGGCCGUGCGCUUUUUCCAAACCGAGAUCGAAGCGGACUAUGCCAUCGCGACCCUCGCCGAUGCGUCCGCCGAGCUUGGGCGUCCGAAAUGGUACAUUUCCUAUAUGGACGGCAUCUCGUUCGGCGGCGGUAUUGGUCUCUCAAUUCACGCUCCUUUCCGCGUGUCCACCGAGCGCACGUUGGCAUCCAUGCCUGAAACGGCCAUUGGCUACUUUCCAGACGUAGGAGUUACGAGCCACUUUGCACGCAUGGAUGGACAAACGGGCAUGUACCUUGCGCUCACAGGCGAGCGCUUGAACGGAGCAGACACCUACCUGCUCGGCUUGGCUACUCAUUUUGUGCGCUCGAACCUGCUCGAGGAGCUGGCGCGUCGCUUGGCGGACAUGCCCCUCGACCAGGUCACCGAUGCAAAUGUGGUGAAUGCAUGCAUCGAUGAGUUUGCCUCGGAUCCGUAUGCCAGUGAUGCAGAGAACGGCGAAGAGCUUGCGCGCAACUCGCGCUUUCUGGGCGAUCGCCGCAUUGCACUCGACUACGCGUUUGGCCGCGCCAGCGUCGAGCAGAUUUUCGCAGCGCUCGGGGAGAUUGCCGCAGCGAAGCCAGACGCAGACGCAGUCAAGACACUUGCCACGCGUGGUCUCAGCCCCAUUCCCGACAUGGUCAAGCAGUUUGCAGCCGAGACGCUCGAGACGCUCAAGACGCGCUCCCCGCGCUCGCUCAAGGUCACCUUCAAGGCCAUGCGCAUGGCACGAGAAAUGACGUUGGAAGAGGUGAUGCACCAGUGUAUGCACAUCGCAACUGUGCUUACCGAUUUGUCCGUCGGUCGUGAUUUCUACGUGGGUGUGAUGCAUAUGCUGCAAAAGGAUCCCGCGACGGGCAAGCGCCGCACGGGCCAUGCAGCGUGGAACCCUGCCACCCUGGAAGAAGUGGACGAUGCUUUGCUCGAUGCUCUCUUUUUUAAGAAUGCCGACAGUGCACACAAGGCGGGCUUGCAGCUCAGCAUUCCUAAACUGGCCAACGUGCCGCUGUCUACCAACGCACGCGAUGAGCGCAAGAAACGUACCGCACAGCUGCGUGGUCUUGGGCCGCUGCAUUGGGAACCGCAGCACAAUCAGUUUGCGCUUCCCAGCGAGGCAGAGUGCGCUGCGCUCGCGGGGGGAUUCCACCCCGCCGCUGGGAGUUACGUGCAGAGCAACUCGGAGAUGAUUUUGACGUUGAUGCAGCACAAGCACGACAAGCCUAGUCUGCGCCUCAAAGUGGAGGACUGGCAGCGCCGUAUGGAUCUCAUGCGCAAGUAG